GUAACUAUGUUUACAGAAAUUUUUUUGUUUUUUCCUUUCUUCAUAUCCUCCAUUUUGUUCUGAAUAGUUGAGCACUUAAAUACGCUGAUCUAGUAGAUCUUAAUUUUGGUCACAUUAGAGCAUUCAGUUAUGUUCAUUAAUGUCCAAGCAACAAAUAUAAUCUCGUCUUAAAUACUUGGUAAAUCCACAUCACAUUUUACCCCUUCUCUUUGUUUACUUCUUUAUCUUAACGUUCUUUGUACUUCCUCCCUUUCAUCCUCCAUUAUGGUCAAUUUUCGAAAUGUUACUGUUGAGCCAACGAUUAAUUAGAGUGAAUUGACUCAAAAACGAGAUCAUCUUCUGUGGAACUGUAAAAAUAUAUGACUUAUCAAUAAACCGUUGAUAAAUAAAUUUUGAUUGACUGUAAAUAUUUCUCAUCGAAAAUCUGAUCAUCAUUCUAAACUAAAUGUCUACAACUUCAUAUAGAAGUUUUUCUGAUUUAUGCGAUCCCGAAGACAAAGUUCUCAUACAUGUUUUACCAGAGAACAAAGGUGGACCCCGCUCAUGGCACCAAUAUAUCAAUGAUUUAGAUUAUUUUUUCACAAGAAUCUAUCGUUAUCACCAAAGAUCUGGAUUUCUUUGCUUGGUACUACAACACAUUUUAGAGCUUGUCCAGUUCAUUUUUGUUGUUUUACUCACUCUAUUUCUCCUUAAUUUUGUCGAUUAUGCUGUUUUAUUCAAAGACAAACUACCUCCAGGCUCUAAAGCAGGCGAUCCAACCAUUAAGGUUACUAUUAGUGACGUGAUAUUACCUCAAGAUCAAAUCCAUCUCGGUGGAUUUCAGAUUAUAUUGUUAAUUUGUGCCGCCAUUUUCUGGUUCUUAAAGCUUCUCAAAGUGCUGCAAGCAAUAUAUGUUUACCAUGCAAUUCGCGUAUUCUAUGCUGAAGCCUUGCAUAUUCAGGACUGUUCUGAAUACACCUGGCAAGAAGUGCAAACUCGAUUGAUACAAGCUCAACAUCUAUGCUCUCUUCAAGAAGGAACUCUAACGGAACUGGAUAUUCACAAUCGUAUUCUUCGUUACCAUAAUUAUAUGAUCGCUUUAUUAAAUAAGAAUUUAUUGCCCAUUCAUUACAAAGUGCCAUUGCUGGGUGAACAGACUUACUUUUCCAAAGGAUUAGAAUUCAAUAUACGUCUUUUACUAUUCAAAGGCCCCUUUGCUAUCUUUGAAAAUAGUUGGAAGCUGAAAGAUGAAUUCAAAUCAACAGCAAACAGGCAAAUUUGUGCCCGUAAAUUCGCCAAAAAUUGUUUGAUAUUAGGUUUUAUUAAUCUAGCUUUAUUGCCACUCAUAUUUAUCUGGCAAGUUCUGUAUAUAUUUUAUGCAUAUGCUGGUACACUCAAGCGUGAUCCAUCCAGUGUUUUUGCUUCCAAGAAUUGGUCUCAUUACGCUAAGUUAUUUUGUCGCCACUUCAAUGAGCUCGACCACCAAUUGAAUGGACGUUUGAGCAAAGGAUACAAAGCCGCUUCAAAAUACAUGGAUUCAUUUAACUCUCCUCUGAUGGAAGUUAUCUCAAGAAAUGUUAUGUUCAUGGCCGGAGCUCUCCUGGCUGUCCUCGUGCUCUUAACUUUCUACGAUGAAGAUGUCAUAGCUGUCGAACAUGUUAUUACCAUAAUAGCAGCAUUGGGUAUCAUAGUCGCUGUAGCUCGUGGUUUCAUUCCUGAUGAUAUUCCGAUGAAGUAUAAUAAAUCGGAGUUGUAUUCGCAUAUCCUUCUCCACAUCCAUUAUGCCCCUCAUCGUUAUUCACCUUAUACUUCUCAGGCCCAGGCAGCUAUGUCUAAGCUAUUUCAGUAUAAGAUACAAGCUAUCUUAGAAGAUCUUCUUAGUCCCUUGAUUACUCCAUAUAUUCUGUUAUUUCAUCUCCGCCCUCGAUCAUUAGAAUUUGUCGACUUCUUUCGUAACUACACUGUCGAAGUAUCUGGAACUGGUGAUAUUUGUAUUUUUGCCAUGAUGAAUGUUAAGAAGAAUGGAAAUCCUGUUUGGGAGGUACAAAAAGAGGAAAAGUUAUCCGAAAAUCCAUUCGCAGAAACACCUUCUGGGGCCAGUGUUAGCGGAAAGAUUAAGAAGACUGAUGGACAACGGAAAUUUAAAUUACAGGCUGGAGCAGGAGAAGGUGAUUUCGGUGAAGCUCCCCCCACAGCUACAGUCCCUGAAAAUCUUUUUAGUGAAAAUGGUAAACUUGAACUGAGUCUCAUCAAUUUCCAACUCACCAAUCCGAACUGGCAUCCGAUUGAUCGAUCUCAGCGUCAAUUUAUUGAAGUUGUUACUUCUAAGGCCAUACCUUCUAUGCAUGAAAAAGUAGAAAGUGUUGACAUUGGUCGUACUUCAACUGAACCUGUAACACCUCACUCGUCUAUGAUGGAAAGAGUUCCAUCAAUGCAUACUCAUAACAUGAACCCACCAAGAACACCUCAUUCAUCUUUAAUUGAAGAUAAUACUGGUUAUUCUCACCGUGAUUCUUACUGUGAAUCAUUUGACCUAAGUGACAUUGAAUUACGAAUGUCUUUAACUUCAAGAUAUCUUAAUGACCUCGCCUCUUCAAGACUGUCAAAUCAACAGCCUGAAGAGGGACAACUACUUCAACAAUCUGAAAACGCUCCUCUGUUACAAUUAUCUCGUUUCACUGAGCGACACGACAUCCAAUAAUGCUGUGAUAUUAUGUAUCUAAAAAUCAAACAAACACUUUUUUCAUUCAAAUAAAUUUUCAUUAUUAUCAAA